AUGUUUGAUGAUGGUGAUGAAAUAAUGGCAGAUAAAGGAUUUAACAUGAGAGAUCUUACUGGCAAGAUUGGGGUGAGGCUUAACUUGCCAAUUUUUCUUGGAUCCAGGGAUCAAUUUGAAGCUAAUGAAACUGUUAUUAACCAGAAAAUAGCCUCCAACAGAAUACAUGUGGAACGUUUUAUCAAUAAGGUGAAAAAGUUUCGACUUUUAGACAGAACAAUUCCACUGUCUCUGCAUGGAUCUAUUAAUCAGUUGUGGACGGUUGCAGCUCUAUUGACAUUGUUUCACUAUCCAAUCAUAUCUGCAUGA